AUGAGUCUCACCCAAGGUCCAACACACAUGACUUUACCAGUCGAAGUUUCCUUCUACAGUGUUUCUGAUGACAAUGCACCCUCUCCAUACAUGGGUGCCGUUGCUUUAGAGUCCCUUGGAAAAAGGGGUUAUCGGCUGUCCCCUUCAGGAACAAUACAAAUGACCUUUUUCAACCCUAACAAGACUGCUGUGAAGAUGUUUGUGGUGAUUUAUGACCUGCAUGAGAUUUCUGUUAAUCACCAGGCAUUCCUGCGGCAAAGAACUUUUUCUGUCCCUGUGAGACAAGAAAUCAAGCAAAGCAUCAAUAAAGAGAACAUGUGACACACGGAAGAAAGGCUGUGACGCUACUUCAUUCACCUGAGGUUCCAGAGUUCUACGUCUGGCAAGAUCUACCUCUACAGAGAUGUAAGGCUCCUGUUUUCUCAGAAAUCUAUAGAAGUUGACAGCAGUGCUGCAUAUGAACUCAAAUCGCCAACAAACCCCCAGUUUUCGCCUCAAUGCUAGCAAGAGGCAACCAUGAAAACUAUU